AUGGCCGAGUCAUUCGACAGAGGCACCUUACACCGUCUACAGAAGAACGCAAUUAGCGCCUUUAUGGAAUAUGGCCAGAAGAUUGGAAGGCAACCCAACCUGAAAUGUCAAGAAAAGAGAGCAAAUCUGUUGUCAGGAAAUCCAAGGUUUCUAGCUUCUGCCUACUUAGGGGAUGAGGUUAUUUGUAAGGCGGAGGCUCCAAACAAAAAAGAAGCUAAAACAAAAGCGGCUGACAUGGCUCUUCGACAACUGCCACAAAUAUCAGUUCAAGGACCAUCCAGAGAGCUACUGGAACUGGCUGUUCCUGACAAAGAUCCUGUUAGUGCUUUUAUGGAGUAUGCACAGUCAAUAGGACAAACUGGACGUAUCGUACAGGAUUCACAAACAGGACCACCACAUUGUCCAACGUUUCGUAUGUACGCCGAGCUUGGUAAUCGUGAGUUCCAGAAAAUCGCGCAUGGAAACAAGAGAGAGGGAAAGAAAAAAGCAGCCAAUGCAGCUCUACUGGAACUGCAGGGUGAAGGACGAAUACCCAAACCGAAAACAAAUCCACGCCUUGGAAGAACAUAUGAAAUAGGUGGUAUUGACGACUUUAAAGACAUCUGUCCACCCGGAAAAAAUCCUCUUCAAUUGUUUAACGAGUAUGCUCAGUCUCAGCAGAAGACUUCUGAUGUCGUUGAAACGUCACCAAGAACGGGACCGCCCCACAGUUAUACAUUUUAUAUGGCGGCCCGUUUGGGCGAGGAACAGUUUCCAACGGUGUCCGGAAAUAGUAUGAACAAGGCUAAAAAUCGAGCGACUGCUGCAGCACUAAGAAAACUUCAGGAAAUGGGAAGAUACGAAUUACAACAGACGCAGAUUCCCAGAGGCCAAUUACCAAAAACGAUAAAAACAUGGAGCGACAGAGUAGCCGCUAAAACUAUGAGGAAAUUCGAAAAAAUCGUGUCGACCGUGACAGAGAACUUGUCUGGAAGAAAGGUCAUAGCGGCCAUCUUGCUAUUCAAUAAAAAUAUGGACAGAUUAUCUGUUGUUAGCAUUGGUACAGGAAACCGCUGUGUAACCGGAAAUAACCUGUGUGUUGACGGGAACGUCAUUAACGACUCUCACGCAGAAGUCAUAGCAAAACGAGGUUUUAGAAGAUACUUGUAUAACAAAAUUUGUCAGUCACAGUCUUCUGGUGAAAGUGACUUACUGAGAAGAGCAUCAUCCGGAAAACUUGGACUUGCCUCUCACUUUUCCUUUCACAUGUAUAUAUCCACGGCCCCCUGUGGAGACGGGGCUGUGUUUACACGUGCAAACCCCGGUAUUGAUUCACGUCACGAACCGAUUUUUGGGAGCUCACAUCAAGGACUACUGAGGACAAAAUUAGAAAACGGAGAAGGAACCAUACCAGUUGAUAACGUUCCCCAGACUCUGGACGGGAUCCGCCGACAAGAACGUCUUCGCACGAUGUCAUGUAGUGACAAAAUAUGCCGCUGGAACGUUCUAGGACUCCAAGGGGCGCUUCUGUCGCUGUUUGUGGAACCGAUUUACCUGUCAUCCAUUACUUUGGGUCAGUUGUUUAGCGAUGGUCACAUGUCAAGAGCAAUGUGCUGCCGGGUGGGACGUGGUAACAAUAAACUAGCAGACAUGUCCCAGGGAUUCACGCUACAUCACCCAGACAUGGGGUGUGUGACAAAUAUGAAUGAUGUCCGUAUUGUGGAUAGAUCCCGCGCUCUCAGCAUCAAUUGGAACUCGGCAGACGACACAGUGGAACUGACGGACGGGACUCACGGGAAGAGUAUUACAAAUACAGCAUCUCGUCUCUGCAAGAGAUCACUUUUCCAAUCAUUUACUCGGGCAUAUCAUAGCAACGUACAACGCACGUAUCGCGAAACAAAAGACCUGGCAGAUGAUUAUUUAUCAGCAAAAGAAACAUUUAAAUCGAUCAUGUCUGGCAAUGGGUAUGGUGAGUGGGUUGAAAAACCACGGGAAGUUGACCUGUUCUAUUUGUAAACCAUGAUAUUUACUUGAUACCAGCUGACCCUGCCUGCAAGGUCAUCUACAGAGAGAAUAAAAAGACAAAAUUUGACAAUUUUUCAGUCAGCUUGUUUUCAGAAGCACUCAAAUUUGGGAGGUCUUUUAGACUUCACGAUCUAAAGUGUGAUCAAGAAGAAUCCUGAACACAAGACAUAUACUUACAUUUGCUUAUUAUAGUGUAACUUUUUACCAAUUUUAUGUUUUGAAAUGCACUACUUAAAUGUAUUCCUGGUUUUGCUAGGUUAACUUUUUAGGUAGAACAAUAAUCUGCUCAUUCAAAUUUUUCUGACAUCUCAAAUUCUGAUUUUUUUCUGUGCACAUAACAAUUGUUCUAGUACGAGAUGUAGACAAAAUGAAAUUCAUGCAUACCACUAGAGACAAAACUCGACAAUCAUUGCAAAAGAUUCAAGAUUUAUCUGUUAUAGAGUUAUCUUUCCUUCAGGGGUCAUUGUAGCUGCAGUAAUGAAGCAUUCUUCGACUUUUUUAAAAUUUGAUGUUUUCGGGAGAGGGUUGCAAUUCCACAGGAUCUCCGAAAUGGUGCAACAAUUUUUUUUAAUACGGGCGACUUCAGGCAAAAUAAAUCACUUUUGGAUUCAACUUUUUAAGAAGAAGAUGAUUCCUUUAUUCAUUAUUAUAUAAACCUAGCCCUUCGCACGCUAACAUAAGGUUAAAUACAACUAUAUGUUCUUAAGCUGCCAUGACAGAUCUGUGUGACGCACUGAUCGAGACGCGCUUGAAAUUUGGGAAGGCUCUUUAAAGUUAAUACAGGUGCAGAUAAAUUAUUUGGCCUUGUGGUACAUUUAAACAUUGAUAAAUAAUUGUGUUCGAUAUGGAUUUCUUUUUUCAUUUACAGCGAUAUUUAUUGUUAAUGGGAGAUCCUAUAUAUUCAUUAACAAGAUCCACUCCCUAGUUCUCGAUUUCUCAUUGGCUAUCCCAAAAUAAAAAUAGAUUUAAGUCAGUAAAGAUGGCGGACCAAAUCAAGUUUUGAUGUUACAUACAAGGAAAAUAACCGAUAUUUAGGGAUAUUCAUUAAAAUUUUGGAUCGCAUAACUAUAUUUUUGAGUUCAGAUAAGAAUGUUAAUAAAAUUGUUACUUUUAGUUUGAGCCAAAAUUUUCGCAGUCACUCUCGCACUUGCAAUAUUACGGAGAUCCAAUGGAGUCGUAGCCUUCUCUCAACAAAAAAGGAGAUGACUACAUCAUUAGUCCUUACAACAUGACGCGCAUCUAGUACGUAUACAUGCACCAAAAAGCAGACCCUGGCAUAAAAUAAGUACUAUAUUUAUCAGUAAAAAGUACACCCUGAUUUAGGAGGCAAACUUAUUUGUCUUUUAUCCUAUUUUCAUCUAAGGAUUUUUGUUCAUCAUUUUAUUCAUGUCAUAUGGAAGAAAAAAUCGCACAAAUCUGAAUGAAUCUGAAUGAAAAUCAAUCCUGUGAUCUUUGCAAAGGCUUCAUAAAGAUUCAAAGAAGCUGAAAAUACCAAAUUGUGAAAUUUUUCCAUUUGUUACAAUGGUAACAGAGACAAAUAACAAUCAACUUUUAAUUAAUUUUUGUUUUUAGUGUCCAAUUUAAAAAAUGGACAAAGUUUUAUCAGUCAAAAUCGGUUACCAUGCCAAAAAAGUCGUUACAGAGAAUUGUUAUUAAAUGCUAAAAUAAUGUUGAUAUAAUUUUAAGUUUAUUGCAGAAAAUAACAUUAUAUUUUAAAAAUAAAAUAGUCAAAUUUGU